AUGAAAGGUGGCAAGCAAAUUAUUAAUUUAUGCAAUAUCACAUCAAACAGAGUUGAUCAUGAUAUUGCAGGCUACUGCAUGGAUUAUGUAAUAUCAGAUUCCUUUGUUCAAUUCACUACAAUAAGAUCAAAUAAUCAAACAAAAAGUGAUAGUUUUGCCCUAAAUUUACACUCAUCGUCAAAACUUAUAUCAGUAUUAUCAUGCAAUUAUAUUGAAAAUAUCGAUUCCAGCGGUGUUGGAAAAUUAAUAUGGUCAAAUACAAAGCUUUAUAUGUUUGGAUGCUGCAUUGUGAAAAAUGUAGUUAAGUAUGUCAUUUGUAAUCAAGGAAAUUCAUUUGUUGUUAAUAAUACAUAUACAGAAAUCUCUGAAACAACAUCAAAUUCCGUCGUAUUUACAAACAUUAUUUCGAAUACAGAAUGCAAACAUUUUAUAGUUAAAUUCAUCAAUCAAGAUGUCAAAGAAGUUAGUGAAGAUGAUGAUCCAUUAUUUAUCAAAGAAAUUCAAAAGAAUGUUCGAUAUCUUAAUAAACGACCGAAAAUCAUAUAUUUUGUUCUCCCAUAA